UGGCGGCGUCCAGUAAAGGAAGCGGUUAGAGUAGAGAAGUCAGAAAAGCGGAGGACUUCUGCAGUUAUGCUGAGUUUAUCUAUAAAAGAGGUGUCCGCGGCUCUGAGGGAAGGAAAGCUCUCGGCUACAGAGCUGUGCAGAAAAUGUCUGCAGCGUAUCAAGAAGACACGCCACUUCAACGCCUACAUCACUGUGACAGAGGAACUGGCAAUGAAAAAGGCACAGGAGGCAGAUGACCGGCUGCUCAGAGGUGAACCUCGUAGUCUGCUGGAAGGGAUUCCUUUUUCUGUAAAAGACAACUUCUGCACGGAGAACAUAGAGACUACGUGCGCCUCUCGCAUGCUGCAAGGGUAUUUUCCUCCGUUUAACGCUACAGUGGUGCAGAAGUUACUGGAUCAGGGAGCUGUGCUGGUUGGGAAGACCAACUUGGACGAGUUUGCUAUGGGAUCCGGCAGCACUGAUGGAGCGUUCGGGCCAGUGAGGAACCCCUGGAGUUACGCCGCUCCAUACCGCGCGCUUAACGACGGGGCAGAUCCAGACACCGACUGGGCGAUUACUGGUGGAAGUUCUGGAGGAAGUGCAGCUGCUGUGGCAUCUCUGACCAGCUUCCUCGCUCUGGGCUCGGACACGGGCGGCUCCACCCGGAACCCAGGAUCUCUGUGUGGCGUUGUGGCGCUGAAGCCCAGCUACGGUCUGCUGUCUCGUCACGGCCUCAUCCCUCUCGUUAACUCUAUGGACGUCCCGGGCAUCAUGAGUAGGAGCGUCCAUGAUGCCGCCAUCACGCUCAGAGUUCUGCAGGGUCGGGAUGUGAAAGACUCGACUACAGUCCAUGCUCCUGAGUCUCCCUCUGCUCUCCCUCAGGGGUUUGAUGUUCGAGGUGUUUGCGUUGGCAUCCCGAAGGAAUACCACGCUCCGGGUCUGUCAGCCGAGACGCUGUCCGAGUGGACCCGUGUAGCGGACAUGUUUGAGCGAGCAGGGGCGCGAGUGUGUGAGGUAUCGCUCCCUCACACUCAGUACUCCAUCGUGUGCUACCAUGUGCUCUGCUGCUGCGAGGUGGCGUCCAACAUGGCGCGCUUCGAUGGUCUGCAGUACGGUCACCGCAGUGCAGAGGAGAGCUCGACAGAGGCGCUGUACGCCACAACACGCCACGAGGGCUUUAACGAUGUCGUACGACGCAGGGUUCUCUCAGGAAACUAUUUCCUGUUGAAACAGAACUACGAGCGCUACUUCCUGAAGGCUCAGCAGAUCAGACGUCUGAUCACGGAGGAUUUCCGCCGCAUUUUCUCCUCGGGCAUUGACGUCCUCCUCACGCCCACCACCCUGAGCGACGCAGCCACAUACUCAGACUUCAUCCAGGAGGACAAUCGUACACGCAGUGCACAGGACGACAUCUUCACCCAGCCGGUCAACUUAGCAGGUCUCCCUGCUGUCACCGUCCCGACAUCACUAUCCAGCAGAGGACUUCCUAUAGGCUUGCAGCUAAUUGGCCAGCGCCUUCAGGACAGCAAGUUGCUAGCGGUGGCUCACUGGUUGGAGCAGCAACUCGAUUUUCCCCUCAUUCGAUUUCAGGAAGAAGACAAGCUCAAAUCGGAACAGAACAGAGACAGAGGACGCACGUCAGGGGCAUGAACGAUGACAUCAUUCUAAUCGCGUUAUAGGCAAAUCUGCAAUGGCUUUCCUGGGUCUUAAAGUAUGACAGUUUUUUCUCUUCAUGAUUGUGAAGGAUUUGAAGAUAUUUCACACAUUAUUAUCCCAAGGCAUGGAAUCUGUCAAAUCCUGUUUUCUGAUUGGUCAGAAAGAGUUUUAUUGCAGAAACUCCACAACUAAGACUGCUGAUAAAGCUUCAGCAAAGUGUGAGAAAUCGCACUGGGGCCUCAUCAUAACAUUAAAGUA